AUGUCAAACAUUCCCGAGGAGAGUCCCUCUUCUAGCAUGGUAUCUAAAAGGGAGUGGAAUGAUGACAAUAGGGAGUACUGGCCAAGUCUUGUUCAAGCACGAGUACAGAGAUACGAACAUGCCUCUUCCCUGCCAGGGGUUCAUCCUGACGUCCUUAGAACAGCCCGAAGCGCUCUUAGUGCGGAGAUUGAGGGCUUGGAACACGCUGUCAUUUUGGCCAAGUCAAGCUUGAGCAAUAUGUCCCCGGUCCAUAAACUCCCUCCCGAAGUGCUCGGAAAAUGCUUCACUGCUCUGAUGGUGCAAAGUGACCCACAGGUUUACACACGGAGAGCUACAGAUGAUGAUACCUACGGCAACGUACAAUUGGUUACGGAUCUUGGGUGGAUUUCGGUCACUCGUGUGUGCCGCAAAUGGCGCCAUGUAGCAUUGGCUCAGGCGAGCCUUUGGGGUACUAUUCCCUUCUGCCUUGGCCCAAUGUGGGUAACAACCUUCAUAGAACGAGUACUGUCGUGCCCAUUAGACAUCCAACUUGGGGCAGACACUCCUUUAUCGCUGUGGAAUAAUCACCAAGAUAUGCUUGACACAAUACUUGACAUAAUUCGUUGUCAUUUGUUUCAUAUCAAGCGGAUCAUCGUCUCAGGGAUUGAGUAUAAGUUGGGCGACCUGGGAGAGCCGUUCUUCCAAAACCUCACAGACGUUUUGACCGAUCGUACUCCAAUGCUACACAGCAUCGAACUCAUAAGUGACGGUUUUGAUUUCUCUUUUCCCCCCAAUUUCCUUCACCAUGCACCUCAUCUCGCCUCUGUCACAGUCUGUGAUUGUGACACGACGUGGACUUCUACGUCUUUUCGCAACCUGACAUCCCUCGACAUAACGCCUGGUCCCAGGCUCUCAGCAUACGAUCCCCUAAUGGUGGUCCUUCGUUCGAACCCGACUUUGGAAGUCUUGAGACUUUGGGGCGCACUUCCCUUGCGUGCAUCCACCUCAGCCGUUGGCGCUGUCAUCACAUUGCGUCAUCUCACUACCUUAGACCUCGGUGAGGAAUCCGUUACUGUCCUCCGCCAUCUAUUCGAGACUCUGGUCAUCCCACCGAAGUGUGUCCUCAAUCUGACGGAGGUCGUGAUCGAUACUGAGGUCUCCCUGAAAGAUUGUCUCUCACUCAUCACCAUCAUGUCAGCACAUAUCAACAGACACGACAAGCCCAUUCGUGAAUUCUUACUCCGCGACUUCACUGAACCAAGCCAUACCGUUAAAAGGCCAAUACAGUUUAUAGCAUGGAGAGAUGUCAAAUACUUUUUUAAUCGACACUCGACACGGGAACUCGACCAUGGGAAAGGUGCUGUGUUGAAUUUUGGGGCAGUCAUUAGCAGUCAACAUGUCGACGCCGCCUCUGGGGAGGCUUGGAAGCAGAAGAUCACACUUUCCUUAUUGCAGCAUCUCUCUCUAUCCUCGGUUGAGGUUCUUGGGAUCGAAAGGAAUUGCGAUCUGGUCGCAAGUUUACUCCCCGAUUUGCAGUCGAUGUGGAAUAUUCGAUACUUAUCAUUUGACGGGGAUACCUUCGAGUCCAUGCAACGUUUACUUACGGCGACUAUGACGGAUUCUCCCCACGGAAUAAUGCUUCCGCAUUUAUUUUCGCUCCUGACACACAAAGGAGGCUGGGACGUGUCGUACCUGUCUGAGUCUUCAGUUGUCGCAAUUUUGGACACCUUGCGCAAACGAAGAGACUUGGGUGUGCCUAUUCAAGAGUUUUUCUUGAGCGGCUGCUCUUUGAAUCCUGCCGAUGAAGCAACUCUCCGAGAGAUCGUACCAACGGUUGUGCUGGGCAACAUUUAG